UAAAGGCAUGCAUUAAAUGUAAUGCACGGUCAGCAUAUUUCACCACCGCAAUGCCAUAUUCAGCAAGCAAUUAUAAUUAAAUACAAAUUAGGCAUAAAUGUGGAUUUCAGUCGUGGCUAUUUAAAACGAGCUGUUCACCGUCAUAAUACAGUGGAUAAAAACUAGUCUCGAAUAAACGUUAAAUGCGCUUUAAAACGUUAAAAACCGAAUGUUGUAGGUGCUUAAAAUAACUCUAAUGCAUUGUAGUACACAUAUAAUGCCGUUGGCGCUUGUUUGCGGUGUCGAAUUGCCAACGCUAGAGUUCUUGUCGCGUUGCGUCGCAUCAACAAAGUGUUUGAUUGGUCCACAGUGUGGCGACGUCAUGACUCCAACCACAAACGUGAAAGACGCGUCGCGCGCAUACUCUUCGAUACAGUGGCAGCUUCAUUGACUGUAAAUGGGAGUUUAUAGCGGUUUGUCGCGUCGCGUAGCUAGCGAUGUAGAUGGGUGCAAAGGGUUAACUGUGAUGUCAGCUGCAGAGGCAGGGACUGUUACUCACUGCAAACAGUUUCCACCCUGCUUUAAAUACAACACCAACACAGACAGUCAGUGAACAGACAGACAGUGUGUCAAACGGUAGAGACAAAAUACAUGAGCGAAGAGCAGCGAACAGCAACCGGAUUCAGCCGCGUCCGAGGAUCCAUUAAGUUCUUUUGAAUGGCUGUGACAUCCUAACGCCUCUGCCGCAUCCCACACUCAGACCAUGAACUACGUGGGUCAGCUAGCCGGUCAGGUUUUUGUGCAGGUGAAGGAGCUGUACAGAGGCCUUAACCCUGCCACCCUGUCCGGCUGUAUCGAUGUAAUUGUGGUGCGUCAGCCCGAUGGCACUCUGCAGUGCUCGCCUUUUCACGUCCGUUUCGGCAAGAUGGGAGUGCUGCGCUCCCGGGAAAAAGUGGUUGACAUUGAGAUAAAUGGGGAGCCGGUCAGCUUACACAUGAAACUAGGUGAAAAUGGAGAGGCUUUCUUUGUCAAAGAAACAGAAAGUGGUGAGGAGAUGGUGCCGUCCCACUUGGCUACAUCACCCAUAAUUUCAGAGGGCUCUGCCCUAAUGCAGGCCCAAGUUGGAAAAGGCACAUCCCGUCUGUCUGACUCUGGAAACGGAACCUCCAUUCAAACCCUGGGACCCAUGCAGGCCCCUGGUGAAAGUUCAAUAAUGAAGAAGAGAAGGAAGAGGAGGAGAAAAUUUCAAGUAGACAGCAUGAAGCGAGAGGACAACGGAGACUUUUCGGAAGACGAAGACAUGUUUCCCAUUGAUAUGAGUUCUGAUGAUGAUACAGAGACUACUGGAAGCAGAGCCAUGUCACAUGAGCUAUUUGCUGAGCAGGUGAAAGGAACUAGCAGCACAUACAAACAGUCUGAAGGGAACUGGACUGCUGUUCAAAGCAAAGGGUUGGAGAAGAUCUGCUCCUUACCAAUUCCCACCAAUUCAGGAUUGUCCAUUUCCUGCCCUCAACAAACAGCCAUGUUUCAGUCUCUACCCAGCAGCCCAAAUGGCUCCUUGCCAUCUACGCCCAAGAGUGACUCCGAAUUGCUGGCCAGUCAGAGGAGCGGAGGGAAACCGGACAACCCUGAGAUGCUUUGGACAUGGGGAGAGCUGCCUCAUGCUGCCAAGCCGUCAUUCCUGCAGCCCAUGUCGGAGCCCAUGGUGGUGACUCCAAGAUCAAUCCCACCAUCUCAAAGCACACACUUCAGAGCCAUCACUGGGGAUGGGAUGGUGGACUCUCAUGGCAGUGAUGUGUAUGUGCCUGAUCUCAGGGUUGAAGAGGCAACAUCUGCCGCUGCUGUAGAUGUGGAGGCCAUCAGUGCAGCCGCCCAUCUUAUCACAGACCUAGAAGAGGGGCGGCACAGUCCUGGAGCUCAUGCCAUUAGCAAGACAGACUCUCCAUCCAAGAAAAAAGACAAAAGGAGCCGGCACCUGGGAUCAGAUGGAGUAUACCUUGAUGACAUUACAGAGUUGGAGCCUGAGGUGGCAGCCUUGUACUUUCCAAAGAGUGAUGGAGCAACUUCUGUGAGGGGUGGGGCAGAUUCAAGAAGUGCCAAUCAGUCCCCUCAGUCAGUGGGCAGCAGUGGAAUGGACAGUGGGGUGGACAGCUUUUCUGACCAGUUAGGAGACUUGCCUCAUAUUGCCAUCUCUCUGUGUGGAGGAGUGACAGAAAACAGAGAGAUCACUAGAGAGGAAUUUGAGGAACGAGCAAUAUCUUAUCAGGAGUUUGCAGAUAAUCCAUCUAUCAUUGAUGAUCCCAACCUAGUCGUAAAGAUUGGCACUAAGUAUUAUAAUUGGACCACAGCCGCUCCUAUCGUACUAGCCAUGCAGGUUUUCCAGAAGCCCUUGCCAAAGGCCACAGUGGAGAACAUCAUGAAGGAGAAGAUGCCCAAGAAAGGAGGACGCUGGUGGUUUUCAUGGCGGGGCAGAAACAACAGCUACAAAUCGGAAUCAGCAUCUGACCAGAUUGAAGGUGGAGAGGAUUCUAUAAGAACAGCAUCAGCGAGCAGAUUAAAGGAUGAAUCAUCAUCCAGUGAAGAUGACAGUGGAGGUGCUAAACAGAAUCCUGUGAGCCAUCAGCCUGAAGUUCUCCACAGCACUGGAGGCCACUGCUAUAGGAAGACACUUCGUUUGUCCUCAGAACAGCUAGCCAGUCUGCACUUAAAAGAUGGCCCCAAUGAUGUGGUCUUCAGCGUCACCACCCAGUAUCAGGGCACCUGCCGCUGUGAGGGCACCAUUUAUCUGUGGAACUGGGAUGACAAGAUAGUGAUUUCAGAUAUCGAUGGCACCAUCACAAGGUCUGACACCCUGGGACACAUUUUACCCACUCUGGGUAAAGACUGGACCCAUCAGGGCAUUGCCCGACUCUAUCACAGAGUCAGCCAGAACGGCUACAAGUUUAUGUACUGUUCAGCUCGGGCGAUUGGCAUGGCUGAUAUGACCCGGGGUUACCUGCACUGGGUUAAUGAAAGAGGCACCAUGCUACCCAUGGGACCUGUGCUGCUCAGUCCCAGUAGUCUGUUCUCUGCAUUUCACAGGGAGGUCAUUGAGAAGAAGCCAGAAAAGUUUAAAAUUGAAUGUCUGACUGACAUUAAAAACCUGUUCUAUCCAAACACAGAACCCUUCUAUGCUGCUUUUGGAAACAGAGCAACAGAUGUUUAUUCAUAUAAAGAGGUUGGAGUGCCUUUGAACAGAAUAUUCACUGUGAAUCCUAAGGGAGAGCUCAUCCAAGAACAUGCAAAGACCAACAUAUCAUCUUAUGGACGUCUGUGUGAGGUUGUGGAUCAUGUUUUCCCUCUUCUGAUAAGAGGGAACACCACCGACUUCCCCUGUUCAGACACCUUCAGCCAGUUCACCUUCUGGAGAGAGCAGUUACCAGAGGUAGACAAGCAGGAUCAACAUGCCAAGAGUAGCUGAAAGGACAUACAGUUCUAUAAAAAGAUAGCAUCCCCAACAAACUCAGCUCUGACGCUGCACUGCCAUAGGUAUUCCUCUACGCACAAGCAACUUAGCACUUUGCAGACCGCAUGCCGCCCUCUGCCUGUUCCUUCAUUAUUACUUUACAUUUUUCCUUCAUUAUUUAAACAUUUAUCAUUUCUGUGUGUGCUAAUAUUUUGUUUUACUGGUAGCAUAUUACACAGUUCAUUUUAGGGAAUUUGUUUAUUGUUUAUUGAUGAGGUUACAGUUAUUUUAAAGUGCCAAAAGCAUUACUCAUAACCAACAAUGCUAUUAAAAGAAAUUGUCUAUUGGCUUUGUCCAUGGUUGUAAAGAUAUAUGAGGGAAUACAGUUAUUUUAGUACAUAGUAUAAAAGGUUUUUGAGCAUUUGUCAUAAAACAUGCUGAGAGAAAUUUAACAGUUUUAUCAAAUUAAAAAAUAAUAAUAAAUAAACUCAGAUGUAGGUAUAAAGCCAGCUUUAGUAUAUCUCAGGAGAUACGGAAUUUACACAAGGUAGUCUUUUGAAACGUAAAGUGACCUUUCAUAAAAAAAAAUAUUAACUGUCAGUUUUUGUUUUUUUUGACAUCUAAAUUAUUUUACUAGUCCAUUUCCUCAACAACAGAACAGCUAACACAAGUGGAUUGAUCUCAAUUGUGCCAUCCUGGACACCACAUACACACUUUACAUUUUGCCAAAUGCUUAUUAUUAUGUGAUAACUUUGCAUUCCUUAUUAUCUGUUUGUAUUUUAUGUAAAGUUCAUAACUCUGACCAGCAAAUAUGAAUCAUGCAGAAAUAGAUUUUGUCAUAGGUCAUAUCCGUUAGCAUUUAAAGAAUAACAGAAACUAAACAAAAGCAAACAACAAUGCAAAGAACACUCAGGUCAUGAAGUAUUUCCUACCUGUAUUAAUUCCUACAUAUUAAUGUAAUAUUUAAUACAUCUUACUCAUUUUCAUAAAAUAUAUAUAAACACACACACCUGGGAAUUUUUGUUGUUGUUGCUUAUUUCAAUAAUUAAGAAUAUAAAAUCUCCUUAUUCAUGGUGCAUACUAUCAUUAUAUUUAAUUUAAUUUAAUUUUUUAAACAAUCUUUAUAUUCUACCAACACUAAGACCUUUACCCAAUUGUGUGUAUUGUUUCUGUCUUAUUAAAGGAUGAAAUGGACUGUGUUUUAUGAAAGCACUGUAAAUGAAAUAUGUCUCUAGUAAACGAAUAGGGUUUUCGUGUGAUACGUAAAUGGACAAGCUCUCGCUUAUUCUUAAGUCUGUGGUUUUCCAUGGUUAUCAAGGAGCACAUUAAGCACUGAUGUGAUGCAUGAAUGAUGAAUGGGCUAUAGGGAUUGAUUUGAAAGAACUGUGUAUUUUAACGUAAACCGUGUUAUUGUUCUGCAAUGAAAAAACAGAUUAUUUGAUAUAGAUGUGUGCAACAUGAAAAUGCAAAUUGUACUGAUCUCUAAUUGGUUCAGUUGGUGAUGAAGCUUAUUAUAAUGACAGAUGACUGCUACAAACUUCAACACUGUGAAUGAUCAGGUCAAACAUUGUAGAUUGUUUCUGCUCUUUCUACAUGUCUUACAAUACUUAGCGUCUUCAGUUCAUUAAGAUUUCUUAUUCUAAACAAAAAAAGCUAAAUAAUAUAAGACUGUGUAACAUGUUCUCUGUUUAUAUGAAUGUUAACACCAAUAACAUUCAGUUGCAAUAGCUUUGGUUCUGUUUGCAGUCUCUAUGGAGUUUUAUAUUCUUUCUGUGAAAGAUCUUUGUUGCCUAAGUUGUGGCAGUUUAGUUUGUGUGUCAUUAUGUUCAGUGUUGAUAUGUAAAACUACGGUUGUGUGUAUAUUUUAAGAUGCCAAAUCUCAAUGUGUAAAUUAAAAUCCCAUUACAUGAAUCCAAAAACAUGCUUUUUAUGUUUCU